AUGAAGGGGACACUUCUUCUGCUGGCCUUGCUGGUGACUGGAGAGCUGGGCUUCCAGACAACAGAAGCAUGCACUCCUUUCUUCAGGGUCUAUUUUUCAAUACUCUUUGCAAGUAAGAACAUGAUGAAGUCCCGACUUUCAUUGUUUGAUGCUUCUACUGAGGAAUUGGAGGCCUUUGAAAAACUCCAGGGCUGCUACGAAGCGGGAGGUGUUUACAAAAUUCAUCUCAAUCCUCAAAUUCUGGAAUCCAUGCUCCUCAGCCCAGAAUGCCUGAAAUACCAUGGCAGUGAUAUGGUCUAG